AUACAGGAAGUAGAUGCACGCAGCUGAUUGGUCAGGAGCAGCUGAGGAACCGGAAGUGGAUCCAAAGCUCACAACAGUAAUUACAAUCCUAGCAAGAAGUCUGUCUUUAUAUCUUCUUCACCAUAUAUGUCCUAGCAGCAGCUGCGUUGAGUCACGGUUCCGAAAGGGUUCUACGCGGCCUGAGUGGGACCAGGACACGCACGGGAACGGCCCGGGAGCAGAAUCACAGGAGCAAAGUUGUCAUUGUCCUCCUACAAGCUGCUGGCCAUGGAGCUUCUGAUGGAUCGCCUGGAGACUGCGGUGUGGCGACUGGAGCAGGUGACGGCGUCCCGAGUCCUGACUGAUGGCGACCACGUCAACGGCAUCGACGGAGCCGUGUGCGAGGGUGUGGACGCCUUCGAUGCGCUCCUCAGAGGUCCGCUGGCAGAAUACCUCAACAUCAGCCGAGCCAUCGGGAGCCAAGUGGAGAAACAUGCGGAGAUGGUCAAUAAAGCCCUGGAGACUCAGAAGACCUUCCUCAAAAUGGCGGCAACACACCAGGAACCUGCGCAGACGGAACUUCGCGACCUCCUCAAGCCCAUCUCCGACCACAUCCAGGAGAUCCAGAGCUUCAGAGACCGAAACCGGGGCAGCGAGCUCUUCAAUCACAUGUCGGCCGUCAGCGAGAGCAUCCCCGCCCUGGGCUGGGUGGCCGUGAACCAGAAGCCGGGUCCUUUUGUCAAGGAGAUGAACGACGCCGCCAUCUUCUACACCAACAGAGUGCUGAAGGACUACAAAGAAACUGACCGUCGCCAUGUGGACUGGGUGCGCUCCUACCUGUCCAUCUGGACUCACAUGCAGACCUUCAUCAAGCAGCAGCACCCAGUAGGACUCAUGUGGAGCAAGACUGGUCCUAUUGCUCCUCCUUCUCUCUUUGAGGCCCCCAGUGCUCCUCCACCCCCUCCUCCUCCUCCUCCUCCACCCCCUCCCCCGGCGUUGUCCGGUGAAGACCCCCGGGCACCAGGCGACGUCUCCUCAGCAUCAUCUGCCCAGCACUCUGCUCUCUUUGCUCAGCUCAACCAGGGCUUGGACAUCACCAAAGGUCUGAAACACGUCCCGGACCAGCAGAAGACCCACAAGAACCCCCAACUGCGCUGCCAGGAAGCACCUGGGGGCCACGGUGCCAAAGUGGACCCCAAGAAGUCCCCCGAGAAGAGCGGCCCCCAGAAGAAGCUCCCCCUGCUGGAGCUGAAGGGCAAGAAGUGGAUGGUGGAACACUUUGAGGAGAGACCAGACCUGCUGAUCCAGGACACGGAGCUCAAACAGGUGGUCUACGUCUUCGGGUGCAACAACUCCACUCUGCACAUUAAAGGGAAGCUCAACUCCAUCAUCAUAGAUAAGUGCCAGAAGAUGGGCGUGGUGUUUGAGAAGGUUGUGGGCAUCGUGGAGGUGAUUAAUUCCAAGGCUGUGCAGUUACAGGUGUUGGGUACAGUGCCGACUAUUUCCAUCAACAAGACGGAGGGUUGCCAGGUGUACCUGAGCCGUGACGCCUUGCAGUGUCAUGUGGUUAGUGCCACCAGCUCAGAGAUGAACGUCCUGGUGCCACAAGGAGACGACGACUACAAAGAAUUUCCAGUUCCAGAACAGUUCCGAACCGUCUGGGAUGGAAACAAGCUGGUGACAGAACCUGCUGAGAUGGCAGCUUGACCAAGUCAUGUGACCACUGAUCCAUGACAUCAUACAUUGACCUUCUCAUUAUUUCAUGACCUUUUAUUUGGCCUUAAUUUAUUAUCAUUAUUAUCAUCAUCAUAUUGUCAUUAUGGAGUAGGACAAAAAAAUGAUUUAUUCCAAAAUGGAAUGAAUUAAUUUUUUUCCCCUCAAAAUUCGACACAAAAUACCCCAUAAUGACGACGUGAAUAAGCUUUCUAUUAUGAUUUUAACAAAUGAAUCAAUUGUAUGAAUAAAAGUGUGUUAGUACUUCUAUA